GAUGGGGAAGAAAGGUUCUCGAGUGGCAGCCUCGUAACGGCAGGCGAAGUGUAGGGCGUCCCCCCACUAGAUGGAGUGACGACCUGGUAAGAUAUGCAGGAAGUCGGUUGAUGCAGGUGGCUCAGGACCGUGCUUUGUGGCAUUCUUUGGGGGAGGCCUAUGUUCAGCAGUGGACUUGUGAAGGGCUGUAAUGAUGAUGAUGAUGAUGAAAUGAAUUAAGUGAUAGCUGUGACUCAUAUGGUCAAAUACUCGUUUAGUUAAGUCUCGUAGUGUCUUAACAGCAUCUCGAAAUUGGGCAUUAAAUAUCUACAUCUGUACUCGACGCUGAUGAAGAACAUGGGUACCGGGAUGAGGGUGCAAAGAAGAUCAAUUUCACGCAUGCCUCUCUCGUGGAAGAAAAGUUUACACAGGAAAAGCAAAAAAAAAUAUUAUCUUAAUCUUGAGACUAGUAGGUUGUUAUUCAAAAUUGUUCAACUAUUUUUCACAACUUCCAUCAUUAACAGUUGCCAUGUCCUGACACGUAAAGUAAAAAAUCAAUAUUCAAUGCUUCAUGUUGUCGUUCGAAAAAGUCAGGCCAAUUUUUAGUUCCCCGCAUGCAGCUGUGUAAAUAGGGGUGACUUCGAGCUGACACAGUCAAACCAACUCUACUAAGAACGCCAAUGUGCGGACGUGUUGGGAAAAUGGUCUUCAGUUCUUGUCACCAUGCGCACCAUACGAAGCACAGCAGCAUUAUGUUACUAUUCAGGUACUGGCAAGCGUGGGCUUUGUUCAAAACGGGGCGCGGCUCUACCACAUAGAUACCAAACACAAAAAAAAAUCCGUGGUAAAAUUUAUACCACGGAAUUUUGUUUUAAUAUUCCGUGAAUUAUUAUACUCUAAAUAAAUUGAUGUACGAUGUAUGUAUGUAUUUUUGUUUCCAUGAAAAAAAUUUUUUUAAUUCAACAAACUUCAAACUGCCACUUGGCGGCAGAUGCGUUGUCAAUCCUGAGGACUAAAACGGAAUUUAUCAGAGUCUGUAAUAAAGAUAGUAUAAUAAAAUACUGUCUUUAUUACCUUUUAAAUUGUGAAACGGUAACGGGGUACACUUCUGCUUGGUAGUAGAAAUAGGUAAGUGUAUAGUACCAACCAACAACGGCAGAAAAAGAAAAAUUUUCGAAGCUAUCACGUCCCUUUACUCGUAGCUGAUCUUGUAGUUAAUUACUAGCAUUUUAGUUAGAUAAAAUACGUUCCUUCGAAGUUUAUAAUAAAAUAAAAUAUUAUAAAAAAUUUAUAGUGUCUCAUAGAGUCACUAGUAUUAUAGUUUAUUCCUGGCGAAGAAACAUGUUUAUUGUUUAUCUCUAGAAGGUUGUUUAAAUAAAUUAGCUCAAAAAUUUUAAAACUAAGAAAGACUUAACUAACUUUUUUUUUCUAAGUCAUCCACAAUGUAACGUUUGUUUUUAUUAGUAAUCUUAUUGAAAUUAUUUAUUUUUUAUUUAUUAAUUAGUAAUCUUAUGAUAUUAUUGUAAUGUUUGUGUUUGUAAUUCUUCUAUAAACAAAUAUCAAAUAAUACUUUUCUUGAGCUAUGGAACUAAUGCUUUUUAAAAUCUAAAAUCUUUUAUUAAAAUGCUUAUUGUCACUACUUUCCAGGUUUAUCCAAGUCCGGGGGCGGCGCGGGGCGUCUGGGCGCUUCCGCAGCCGCCCCCAUGCAACAUGGCGGCCGAAGAGGCUCUGCCACCGUGUUCGCCGCUGUCUCCAGAUACACCAGCUGCCCCACCUCGAAUCACAGCCAAUUUUAACCAUCUCUCCGAUCUCCAUCAUCUGAUUUUCGAGGCUGUGCGAUCUGGCGAAGUAUCGGAGAUCGAAAAUCUGGUGGAGAAGUUAGGAGUGGAGGUGUUAAGUGCUCGUGACCAGCACGGCUAUACACCAGCUCAUUGGGCAGCUUUAGAUGGAAGCGUUGCUGUCAUGCGAUACCUGGUGGAGCGCGGUGCCCCUAUCGAUCUCUCAUGUUUAGGGACACAGGGGCCAAGACCGAUUCAUUGGGCUUGUCGCAAGGGACAUGCAUCGGUCGUGCAAGUGCUGUUACAGUGUGGUGUCGCAGUAAAUGCAGCUGAUUUCAAGGGACUAACUCCUCUAAUGACGGCAUGCAUGUAUGGAAAAACUGCUACGGCAGCAUAUCUUCUUGGCAUGGGAGCAGCUACCAGGCUGUCAGACAUUAAUGGAGAUACCGCCAUGCACUGGGCUGCAUACAAAGGACAUGCGGAUUUAGUGCGCUUGUUGAUUUACUCAGGCGUUCCCCUGCAUUGUACAGAUAACUUUGGUUCUACUCCGCUCCAUUUGGCUUGCCUGUCUGGGAAUCUCACUUGUGUCAGACUACUUUGUGAAAAGGUGAAAGCGGAAUUGGAACCCCGCGAUAAAAACGGAAAGACGCCAUUGAUGCUCGCGCAAAGCCAUCGUCACGCUGAGGUUGUGAAAUUGUUACAAAAGGAAAUGAAGAGAAAGUCCCACUGGAUGCCCCCACUCUCCGAGCUCUGGGCUCUGUUAUUUGGAGGUGCUGGAGACUCGAAAGGGCCGCUUUUGUUCUUUUUGGUCUCCGUUCUUUUGUGGGGAUAUCCAAUGUACAUAAUUAGGUGUAUUCCUUUGACCUGGAACACGUUACGUCUUUCUCAUUACUUCUUUCUCUACUGGAACGCCAUAAUGUGGAUAAGUUGGGUGAUAGCCAAUCGGCGUGAUCCCGGCUAUAUCCCGCAGAACUCCGAGACAUAUUACCGUGCUAUAAGGCAGAUACCCUACUACGAUAAAUGGAAGAAGAGAAAUGUCAUUUUGUCACGUUUGUGUCACACUUGUAGAUGCCUAAGACCUCUAAGGUAAAUAUUUACAUUUUAAAAAUAUACUCAAAAAUUUUAUAUUUCAUGUACUUAAUUUAAUUAUUAAUUCUAUCAUAAUUCAUUAUUUUUAUAAGCUAUUUGCUCACGGGUGAUUUCUGGAUCUAGACAUCAGCGUUUCACAAUUCACAUUUGGAGCCAUAGGUACCGUGUCCAAUUGUGAAUUCAAACCAUCCAGAAAGUCACUCAACACACAAAAAGUUUAUCAAAAUCGGCCCAACCGUUUUCGAGUUUUUGCGGUACACAUUAAAUUAUAUACCUAGUCAGGUCAUAAGUAUUGUCACACAGUAAAAACUUUUCUUUUAGAAUGCUGGCCACAAAAAAGUUUAUUGAAUUCGAAUUCCGAAUUGUUCAUGAAAAUAAAACUGUAUAUUUUUUUAGAAUUUUACUCAUUUUUAAAUAUGGAGUGGACGCUUAAAGAAGACCGUGUUGCAGAUAUUGCGUUGCGUCGUUGCGGUUACGCACCAAUUCAAAUUUUUGACAUGCUGAAAAAUUUGAAUAUAACCUAAAGAUUCGUUUAUCGUACCAUCAAACGAUACAAUGAAGACUCUAGUGUAGAUCACAGGUCAAGAAGUGGUCGCCCUCGGUCUGUUAGGACUCCAACAGUGAUAAAAGCUGUGAAGGCGCGAAUUCAAAGAAAUCCCAAACGUAAGCAGAAACUGUUCGCCCUUCAGAUGGGGUUAAGCAGAACCACGGUGAAAAGGGUGUUAAAUGAAGACUUAGGGCUUCGGGCAUAUCGAAGAAAAACAGCACAUCAUUUGAAUGCUCGUCUGAAAGUCGAAUGAAAGGUCGAAUGGACCUGAGACUGAAGAGAUGCCGCGCUUUGUUGAAGCGGUACGCGGGAAAAAAAUAUCGGGAAAUUCUUUUUUCGGAUGAAAAAUUUUUUACCGUAGAAGAGAGCUACAACAAAUAAAAUGAUAAGGUGUACGCACACAGUAGUGAAGAAGCGAGCAACCGUAUUCCGCGUGUCCAACGAGGUCAUUUUCCAUCCUCGCUCAUGGUAUGUUUGGGAGUUUCUUAUAGGGGCUUAACAGAGGUACAUUUUUGUGAGAAAGGUGUAAAAACAAAUGCAGUUGUGUAUCAAAAUACAGUCCUGACGAACCUUGUGGAACCUGUUUCUCAUACCAUGUUCAAUAACAGGCACUGGGUAUUCCAACAAGAUUCGGCGCCAGCUCAUAGAGCGAAGAGCACACAAGACUGGCUGGCGGCGCGUGAAAUCGACUUCAUCUGGCACGAAGACUGGCCCUCCUCCAGUCCAGAUUUGAAUCCGUUAGAUUACAAGAUAUGGCAACACUUGGAGGAAAAGGCGUGCUCAACGCCUCAUCCCAAUUUGGAGUCACUCAAGACAUCCUUGAUUAAGGCAGCCGCCGAUAUUGACAUGGACCUCGUUCGUGCUGCGAUAGACGACUGGCCGCGCAGAUUGAAGGCCUGUAUUCAAAAUCACGGAGGUCAUUUUGAAUAAACUUUAGUGUCAUAAGAAUCUAUGUUUUGUUAAGUUCAAUUUGGUAUAUAAAUGGUUACAU